AUGGAGGACGAGGAAGAUGUCAACUCUUUCCGGAACGGCCCUCGUGAUAAAAAAGAGUUCAUGUACAAGGAAGAGAGCGAUUCAGCAGGAGGUGGAGAUUCUAUUCGUAUCAUUGACAUGAACCUGGCUGAUGAAGUUGAUAAAUUGGAAAAAAAAUUAAAGGAGCCUGCUAAGAAUGGUACUGCAAAGAAUGCAAAUGAUGCUAUGCGCACACCUGACAAGGCUGGUGGACUGAAUGGUACUCCAGCAGGAAAGCCAUUUGGCGAUGUUGGUAGCACACCGGAUAAUCCGUUCAUCAUUGAAAAUGCUGAUCUGGUGACAUCAGAUUCAGAAAUUGAUCUCGACGCAGUAAGUAUUAGCAAGUUCUUAUCUAAAUCAAAGGAAGAUGAGUUGGCUGGGAAGAGGAAGCGAACAAUUCCCAAAAAAUUUCAAUCUCCCUAUGCUCUAGACAGACGCACCAAGCGUCAAGUCCGUGGUUCAUCCACAAAAGCUCUGAAUUUCGAUGAUAAAUCUGGAGCAGAUAAAAAUGCAAAACCGGAUGCAUCAUGCGAUUUGACGGCUGAACUUGUAGACGCAGCUAUAGUCUUCCUCGAGCUUGCAUCUCGCUCAGACCAGCACAAAAAAAAGAAUGUUUACCGGAGUGCCAGGGGCGAUGAAGUUAACGCUGAGCGGCUACGUGUUGUUCUCGACAAAAAAUGGUUGUCCGAUGAUGUCAAUGAUGGUUACAUUGGGCAUUUGAACCUCCGUGUUGGGCAUGAUCGCUUCUUGUGUCCAGCAUGGAGAUCAAAAUAUCUAGUAGACCGGGCAAUUGCCGGAGACAAACCCAAAGAAUCCAGCAAGAACAUGGAUAGCGCGAUGGUAAGAUCUGGCGCGGUUGGUAGAGUGUUGAUGGAAUACACCGUCCGUGACAAGGUUUAUUUUCCACUCAACAUUGGCAAUACACACUGGACGACCGUUGUCAUGCACAUACCGAAGCAAGAAUUCCAAGUUCUCGACUCGCUUUAUCCUCUAGAGUUUACGUUGGAGACUGUUGAGGCACUUCGGCGCCAAAUUGCAGAUGACAUGCAAGUGGCCAACGAAGUCACGAGUGGAAAUCAUCCCGACGUUUCAAAGUGGCCGAUAUUAGAGUACGACAUGCCGCAGCAACAUGACGGGAACUCUUGUGGAUUGUUUGUGAUGGAAUGCAUGGAGCAUUGGGAUGGGGACCGGAUGACUGCAGAGAUUUCACAGAUCAAAAUUAAUGGAAGGCGAAGACGAAUUGUCGCUGAAAUGAUGUUAUCACCUUCGAACACGUUAGAGAUGGUGAAAGAGAGAAUUCGGUCCGUCGCUUCCAGGAUCAACAAGAAGACAUAG